GAUGAACGAAAACCAUUAAAGAGAUAUUAUUCCGUGACUAUCCCAGAAUUUAAACAACAUUUAUUUCAAUAUGAGAGAUAUAUAACAACAAUAGAUUGUAAUUUAUCACGUGGGAUUAAAACCUGGUUAUGUACUGACAAACACAGCAAAAAAGUGGAUGCCAUUGAAGAUUCUCUAUUAAGAAUGUUUUUACGCUCUAGUAAUAGAAUCACAGCAAUAUCAUUAGAGAAUAAUGAUAUGCUAGACGAAGUCCUAUGUAAAAACAUUCGUACGGUAUAUUUGAAUGGUACAAUUGGAAAUAAAGAAGACAUGAUAUUAGCAAAAGCAUUUAGAAAUAAUGUCGGGAUAGUAAAUAUUGAAAUAGAAUCAACUAUACAUGAAACUCCUUUAAUUAAAACUUUAGGAUCUUUAU